GUGUACACGUGCGCGUGUGUGUAAAAGUUAAUCAUCAUCGUAUGUAGAUCAAUCGAAUUUUGUAAAUUUUGAUUUAGGAUUACGAUAUUGAAAAUCAUUACCCACGACAAUGUGAUCGUAAAGAAGAAGAAGAAGGAAAAUGUUACAAGGUGGAGAAUAAAGAGAAUGUGUUGUUGCACUAUCAGAGAAUAUUUGUUUGUCUUCAUUCAAUCCAGAUGGUGUAAAUUCAAGUGAACAUUUUUUGUUUUUCAUAGAAAUUAAAUGGAAUAACGAGACGACUAUGGGGGUGUGUUAAAUAAGAUGACGUUUGUGCGAGAUUUAGAUCUAUGUGUGAUUAUUAUCGUGGAUCUAUGGUGAAUCGUUUAUUAUACGAUUUGGUGUUAUUAUUCAUUCGCAAUUGGAAUAAAAUAUAUUCGACGAAAAUAAAAGAUAUUAUAUUAGGUGAAUAAUAUAUAUAUUUAGUGAGACCAAAUAAUUCGUAAUUUGUUCCAUAGUUAAGGAAAAAAAGGGAGGAACCAAUUUGUACAGUGAUUGUUGUACAAACGAACCAAAAGGGCUUAAGAUUAUAGUGCUGUUUAAUUGGAAUAAAUUAAUUAUAUUUCGAUUUAUUAAACGAAGAAGAUACGAUUAUUCCAUUUUUAUUCGAUAUGGAUAAGCGUGCAUUCAGGAUUACGCGGAGCACACGGAUAGCAGUGCUGCACAUUUUACUUCUGUGCAGUGCUCUAACCCAUGGAAGAGUUGAGGAAACGCAAAUGGACACUCACGAGGGUUCAACGGUACAAUUGCAAUGUCGAUUCGAACCACCUAAAGAAAAUGUCACGUGUUUUUGGUUGACCCAUACCAAUAACAAUCACGAUAACGCGGCAAUAGAAAAUCGUUCAUUGUCACCUAAUUACAAAGUAUUUAUGCAUUUGGAAGAAGGUCGUUACGAUUUACAAAUUCGUAAUGUUUCAUAUGAAAGAGACAAUGGGAAAUACGAGUGUCGUGUUAAAGUUAGUAGCACCGGUAUGGAUAUACAUAGGAAGUAUAUCACUUUGACCGUAUUGAGAGCACCUGGACCACCUACGAUAUCACCAACAUCAGCUCCGGCAACUGAAGGACAACGACUGGAACUUCAAUGCAAUACCAACGGUGGUAGCCCCGAACCAGAAGUAAGAUGGUACCGUGGUAACAAUACUACCUUACUUCAUUCCGGCAGGACCUUAUUGGUUGAACCAACGAAAGAAGACGAUCGUGCGAUAUUUCGAUGCGUUGUAAGAAAUCGUGCGAUGAGGGAAGGUGAAACAUUGAACGCAACUGUAACAUUGGAUGUUAAUUAUUUUCCACGUGUUACGGUUGGUCCUGGUAAUCCAUUAAAAGUUGAAGUUAAUGGUACCGCAACAUUGGAGUGUCACGUUGAUUCUAAACCAGUUGUCGGUAUGGUACGUUGGUGGCGGGAUGGUAGUUUCAUAGCAACUACUUUUCAACACGUUAUACAAAAGGUAACGUUACAAGAUGCAGGCAAGUAUACUUGCCAAGCUGACAACGGUUUAGGAAAGAAAGAUGAAAAUUCAUUGCUAUUAGAUGUUCUUUAUCCACCUACCGUGUCUAUCGAAGGUGAGAGCGUUAGAAUCGCUCAGGUGGAAGACACCGUGACGGUACAUUGCAACGUAUCAGCCAAUCCAGCUCCGUCCAUUGUCGAGUGGCUUCGCGAAGGUCGUCCAGAAUUCAGACAAUCCGGUUCGAUAUUGAGAUUGACCAGAGUCACGGCCGAUCACGCUGGAAAUUAUACUUGUCGUGCUGUUAAUACCAUUCAUCCGACUGGCGGUGAACGAAAAAAUCAUUCGGCAAAAGCUCAUGUCACUGUAAGAAUUCGACACAAACCUGGACCCGCGAGAGUUACGCCAGAUUCACCGGUUGCAGUUGAAGGUUCACGGGUUAUUCUUACGUGUAUGGCAAGUCCUGCCGGUUAUCCCGAACCCCAAUACAAAUGGUGGAAGGAAGGAGACGGUGAAAAUAUUCCCGUUAGAACAGAAAAUUCUGGGCCUAAAUACGAAAUAGAUUCGAUACAUUUGGGUAGCGAAGGUACUUACAAAUGUUACGCCAUGAACGAGAUUGGAAAUGGGGAAGCUGCAUCUGUCAAUCUCACGGUUCAUCAACCACCGAAGAUACUCACCAAAUUGCAACCUCAUGUCACGAGAAAAGUCGGAGAAUCAUCGUUUCAAGUGUCGUGCGUGGCACAGGGAAAGCCAAGGCCUAGCGUGCGUUGGUUGAAGGACGAUCAAGAAUUAACAGCUGACGAGAGAUUGUACAAAGUGAUAACCACUGCUUCAGAAGGUCAUGGUAACGUGAUAACCGUGAACUCGACGUUGAGCUUUUUGGGUCAUGCACGUCCGAAGACCGAUGAGAUCAUAGCGAGCGACAGAGGAAGGUAUACCUGUGUAUUCGUGAACGAAGUUAAAAAGGUAGAAUCAACGAUGAUGUUAAAGGUCGAACACGAGCCAAUUAUUUUACAUCAGCACGGCAAAGUGGCGUACAAUUUACGAGAGGUAGCAGAAGUCGCGUGUAAAGUACAAGCCUGGCCUAAACCAGAAUUCCAAUGGAGUUUUGGUAACAAUGCUGCAACGCUGCAAGGUUCAUCGAGCGACGGUCAUUACGAAAUAUCAGCAACCACUGAUAAUUACGAUGUCUAUACUUCCCUGUUAAAAGUAACGAAUAUAAAACAAUCCGAUUAUGGUGAUUACACGUGUCGCGCUGCUAACGCACAAGGUAGCAUUUCUUCGACAAUAAGAUUACAACCGAAAGGUGCACCGGAAAGGCCGACCAACAUAACAGCCAUGGACAUUGGACCGACACAUGUGGCAUUACUUUGGGAAUUGGGUUUCGACGGUGGUCUACCAAUCACGAAAUACUUCGUUUCUUAUCGAAGAGUUGCUGGAGGUGAUGAAGUGAUAGCACCUGAUUGCGCACCACCGAGAGGACCGGCCGGACAAUGGUUGGAAAUGGAUUGCAGGAGAUCGAAUCCUUGCAACGUUAGCAAUCUCGAGCAACACCAGACCUAUACUUUCAAAGUUAAGGUAUACAAUACGAAAAAUCAUUCGGAUUAUUCCGACGAGGUAAUUGCAACUACCUCGGUAGCAAGAAUACCAGCGCCAUUACGUGUCAGCUAUGAUCCUGAAACUGGGACAUUAGCAAUAAACGUUGGCGCUACUUGCCUGGCAUUGGUAGCUUCUAUUGAAAAAUUCGAUGGGACGGAUAAUAAUCCGUCGAGAAUCAUAGAAGAAUGGCCAUUGGAAGUAUUGGGAAGUGCACCAACCCAAAGAGAGGAUAUUUUAGAUGAUCCUGAAUCUUCUGACUCGGAACCGCAUAUUAAAGUCAGAUUAUGUCUCAAGGCUGAUCGUCAAAAAUGUGGGGAAUACACCGAAGCUGAAAUUGGCCCGUCUUAUAUAGCGCAAGCUGGUGCAUUAGCAACACCAACGUUGAUCGCUCUGGUUGUUAGCGGUGCAGUCUUCUUACUUUUCGCCGCUCUUUUACUUUUGUUCUGCCGAUGCAGACGAAAGCAUGCUGCCAAGGCCAAGGAUUAUGAAAUGGAUACCAAUGCUGUUCGACCAAGCUUAGUCGCUGGAAAUGGUCAACAAACUCAAGCACCGCCGCCAUAUUAUGCAGAAAAUAAAGCACUCGAACAUAGUUUGGAUCAUGCACUUGCCAUGGAGGAUUCCAAGAGUCCUGCUUAUGCUCAACCUGGAUAUGGUUAUCAUCAACCUAAUCAUAACAUCAACGGUGAGAAUGGUGUCAAUAUGGGUUACAUGGACAAUAGCUAUUCAAAUUCAAACAACGGGGGUUCGGUGAAUUCUCAAGAUUCUAUCUGGCAGAUGAAGUCGGCGGCAGCAAACGGCGUCAACCAACCAUAUGAUUUGGGUGGAUACGCCACCACCGAGUCCGAUUAUCCGGCGCACCCACAUUACAGGGAAAGCCAUAAUCUUAGUCGGCAACAAUUCUGCCCCGAGCCAUUUGCUACGGUUGUCAAGUCCCAGAAACACGUUGAUUCACCAUACGACGUGUCCGGAUUACCUUAUCAAGAAAAUUACGACGAGGAUACUAAACCACCGCAACAAGUUAGCCUCUCCUACGACGAAAGUUUAGAAUCCGGUUAUUCAACUCCCAACAGCCGUGGACGUAGAAUUAUCCGAGAAAUAAUCGUCUGAGACCUGCCUAC